GCGAAGUCCGAAUGUUCGAGGUUGGCUUAUCAGCUCAACGGGUUGUUUUUGGGCAAGUAUUGCCUGAUAGAGGUCCUUUUGAAUUGACUCAGAUGCAGUGAUUGCAGCAAAACUCAAAUCUCUCCGUGUGAAGUGAAUGUUGUAGGUCUUUACUCACAAUAAUGGCACAUUUUAAGGGCACAUACAAGUUGGACACGAGCGAGAAUUUCGAGCCGUUCAUGCAAGCACUUGGGGUGAACGUCCUCCUUCGCAAGGUUGGCACCACCACCAAACCAACACUCAAAAUUGAAACAGACGACGGGAAACACUUCAAGUUCAUCUCAGAAUCUACAUUUAAGAACAUCAAAACGGAGUUUACCAUAGGCGAGGAGUACGAAGACACCUCACCAGAUGGUAGAAAAACUAAGAACGUCGUCACCCUGAAUGAAAACAAACUGACGCAGCUUGAGAAACCACGUGACGGAAAAGGCAAAGAGGUGACGUACAUCAGAGAACUUACAGAGAGCGGAGAUCUCAAAGUGACGUGCAUACUUGAUGACAUCGUGGCAACACGUCUCUACAAGAACCAACAUGUAUCAUAAGAAUGGAAUCACCAAGGAAUGAAGUCAUCGAAAACACCAAGAUUCGACAGAUACGAGGGGACAUUUUCGUACCAUUGAAUUAAAACACGUGCAUAAAAAA